AUGCCGCCGCAAGUGAUAUGCUGCGGUCUCAGCUGCGUGGACAUGCAACUUCACGAGUGCGACGUGCCGCAGACGCUUGAAUCCAUCGUGCGCUUUGGCAAAACCACGUUUGCAGCGGGUGGCUCCGCGCCCCAAACAGCGCGCGCCCUCGCCGCCCUAUCUGUCCAAACAAGCGCCCUGACCGUAAUCGGCACAGACCCCCACGGCGACACACUUCGCAAUUUGCUCAUCUCCAGCGGCGUCGAUGUGUCUACGCUUAUCCGCGACGCCAGUAGCGGCACCGCUCUCGCGGUCCUUCCGCUCUUCUCCGAUGGCACACGCGGCUGCUUUGUCACCCUCGGGGCAAACGUUUCCGCUACAGUCGAUUCUCUGCUGUCUCGUUCCGUUGUUGCUGAGGCUUUUACGUCCAAGUUGCGCGUUUUUCACUUCGGAUAUCCUCAUUUAAUGCCGAAUUUGAGAGGCACCAAUUUGCGAAGGCUUUUCGAGCAUGUUAGGGAAGUUGCACCGAACGCUCUUUUGACUCUGGAUGUCAACGGCGCGGAUGAACAGGAGACGCCUGAGAACCCCAUCUUGCUCCCAGCCUUGGAGCUGGUCGCAGCAGUGCAUGCAAACCUAGAGGAAGCGUGCACAAUAUCCGGGCUCGCGUCCCCCACAACAGCAGCAAGCCUGUCCGCCAAGGACAUCGAGCCCAUUGUUAGGUGGUUUACAAACCAUGGUGCCGAGAUAGCAUGCAUUACGUGCGGAAAGGAUGGCAUGUUCGCGGCGACGGGCGGCUCAGAGACCGACCCUGACAAUAUAGAAAAGCAACAUCUUUCACCCGUGCUUGAGCGCGGGGCUUUUAUUUAUAGAUCCGCUCUGGAUGUAACCGUCGCGACUAAGGUGAAUGCGAGUGGAGCAGGUGAUGCGUUUAUUGGAGGAGUUAUCGCCGAGCUGGUGGACACCAGAGGCAGCCGUGGUAUACGUCGAGUCGCCGAUGCGGGCCUGGUUGGGGCGCUGUAUUGCAUCGAUUCCUCCUUUGCCAAAGCGAACCCAAGUCCGACCAUCGCGAGUCUGCUAGAGAAGGCAGAUGGAUUGUCGCGGAUACCUCCAAGGGCUGGCUUGCGUCCGCCGGGUGCAGACUGA